GGCUCAAGCUGCACGAGCCGGGCACGCACGAAGCCAGAAGUCAUGGCGACUUACAUCAACUACGGAGAGGGAGAGGAAGAUGCGAUCGUGCAGGGCGCCGAGUGGCUGCAGAGACUGCUGCAGCAGCAGCAAGGACAGGAAGCGGAAGAAGCCUUCACCCAGAAGUUCAAGACCGAGUUUAAGGCCCUCCAGGACGCACAGGAGAAGUCCGCGGAGUAUCCCUGCGAGCCUGUCUUCGACCUCUUUGUAGAGUACAGCAAGACCUUGUUCACCGCCAUCCCGGACAGCAAACCGGAGGAGCGGCUGAAGGAGAUCGAGAGCUUCUUCGCCCUGAUUUUGAGCAUGCUCCUCUCUUUGGAGGACACGGAGCAUCUGGACAAGGCGACCACCCAGCUCUGCGAGCUCUUUAGCGGCGAGACUGAUCAGCAGCCAGAGCUGAGAUUGAGACUGCUGAUGAUGCUCUACAACACCUUCAACAGCCCCAUCUUCGAGUUCAGAUAUCGCGUGUUCAAGUACACUCUGGACUACGCAGCCAAGGCUGAUAUGUUUGACCAGGUGCUCCCAUACCUGGAGUACUUGGAGUCUUGGAUGGCCGACUGGGAGGCGUUCAUGACCAUAGAGGACAAGCGUCGGCUCUAUGCCGACAUCUCCAAGUACAUGAGGGACUUCGGCAAGAGGGCCGAUGCCUUCCAGUACUUGAAGACGUACCACAGCUACUUCCAGGGUGAGCCUACAGAUGCGCUCAUCAAGCCGGAGGUAGCAGAGCAGACUGUCCAGCUCCUGAAGGACGCCAUUACCUUGCCGGUGGUGAUCCAGUUCGAUGACGUGCUGGUGCUGGACACGGUGAAGGCGCUGAAGAGCACCAAGCAAGGAGGCCUGGUCACCUUGUGCGAGAUCUUCCUGUUCGGGGCCGUAGAUGACCUCAAGGACUUCCACAAGAAGAACGAGAAGUGCUUUGAGGAGCACGGUCUGAGCUUCCAGGAUGCGAUGGCCAAGAUUCGGCUCUUGACCUUGGCGACCAUGUCGCGAGGACAGUCUGAGCUGCCUCUCGAUGAGAUCGCAAAGCAGAUCCAGGAGAGCCCCAGUGGUGUGGAGCCGUGGGUGGUACGUGCCAUCUCCGAGGGGGUCAUCGAUGCCCGCAUCGACCAGCUGAACCGCAAGGUGCUGGUCAAGUCGGCCUUCCUGCGAAAGUUCGAGAAGGAAGAAUGGAACUUUCUUGACUCCAAGCUGUCGCAGUGGAUUGAGAACCUGGAGCAGGUCAUCAAAUUCCUCGGGGAGCAGAAGACCAAGGAUGGCAAGGUGCCGUUGGAGAAGGCGUAAGGUCUCUCUGGGGCCCUCGAGGGCGCCCUGGGAGAGCAGAUGUAAGACCGGUGCUCUGAGCAGCACAUCGGCUUGCGUUAGGAUCGCGCGCGUCCGCCACGC